AUGACGCAUCUCCUCCCACAUUCUCUCUGCUUCACCACACCCACCACCAUUGCUCCCGCCACAUACUUCCAAACUCCGGUAUUCAACUCCUCCCGACUUCAGACCUUCGGAUCCUUCACGAUCCGAUGUACCGACCAGGUUCAUCUCGAAGUCCUUCAACCCGAAUCCAACUUCCAGAAACGCGUAGUAAUCAGUGAUCAAAACUUCGACUCUCUCCUAUCGGCUAUGGAGCUAUCCUGCCUGGUUUCAUCAGCGAUUUUCUCGGUUGCUAUAGCGGUAAGUGGAUCGAAGAAUUGGUUGAUGGCGGUGAGUGGUAACAGAGUUAAUGCCGUGUGGGGGAUUUUGAUACUGGUAGGUGGUGUUGCAGCUGGGGCGAUGUUGCGGAGGCGGCAAUGGAAGAUGAUCAGUAGAGAGAAUAUGAAAGGUGGAUUGAUGGAGAGGAUUGAGAAAUUAGAGGAAGAUUUGAGGAAGACGGUGAGAGUUAUUAGGAUUUUGUCAAGGCAUAUUGAGAAAUUUGGGAAAAGGUUUCUGGUUACUAAGGAACCCAUCACUCAGUCUGCAGCUAUAGCACAGAAGAACUCUAAGGCUACAAGAGCUAUAGCGGUGCAAUAUGAAAAUUUGGAGAAGGAGAUUCAUGAACUUCAAAAUGUUUUACUAACAAUACAGGAACAACAACAAAAACAAUUUGAUCUGAUUCUCUCAGUUAAGCCGUGGGAAAGCAAACACAAAACUCCCAACGAGCAAGAUAUAUAA